AUGCUCUCGCACUCUGACGAAUAUGGGUUACUGCGAAAGUUAGAAACACUUGGCGAAACUGUCUUGGACAGAACCGACAGACUAAAAUGUAUACGCAAGCCAAUAUUGGAGAACAUUAGUAAAGCGUUCGAGAACUCCGCCAAACGCUACAACUUGCGAAGCAAUGCGAAAAAUUUCCAAACAGGAGAUACCGUUAACCGACGGAACUUCGUGCUGAGUGACGCUAGCAGAAAGUUUGCUCCAAAGUUCCUUAAGGCCAAAGUAAUUACGGUUAAAGGCAAUUCCAUGUAUGAAUUGGAGGAUAAAAUUACAAGAAAGCGCGGAAUAUACCACAGAAAAGAUAUUCAGGAAGCCAAAGGG